GAGAGCUCCAACACAGACAAACACUCCACUCUGAGCCGAGGAGACUUUCUUUUUAACGGUCUAAUAAGUUCAAACACAAGAUGCCCAGUACGCGCUCUCAGGGCCGGGCUCAGCCCACGCUGCAGUUCCCCCGUCGCAAAUCCUGCAGGACGCCGUCCCGCUCCAAGACGCCCCAGCUGGAAACGUCUCCAGCUGCGUCGCCAUCAAAGCCCAGAAAUAAACCCAUCGAUCUGCUCUCCCCGGCGCGACCGGUUGCCCACCCUGACCCGCUGUCACCCAGACGCUCCGCAGCUCAGCCGCCACCUUCGUCUCCCAGCAUGCAACCGAGACUUCCUCUCAGCCCCCGAAAACGCAUUGGCGACGACAACGGCUGUAACCUCGGCGCCAACCUGCUGGGCUCGCCGCCGAAGCAGAGCAGGUCUUCUCUGUCCUCACCGCGGAAGCUGGCCUUCGACGAGAACUCGCCGGUCUUAGCUCGCCGUCGGCUCGUCCCGUCCUCUCCACUGAAGACGCAGACGCUCUCUCCCAAUGCCAAGGCGUCGCCGAGGAGACUGGAGGCGACCGUCGGAGGUCUGAACUCUGAGAAGAAGCCGACAGCUGCUCGGCUGUUUGCAGAAAAGUCGAGGUUUCUGGGUGUGAAGCAGGCUCUCCACACCGCCGUGCCCGAGCGUCUCCUCUCACGGGAGUCGGAGCGGGGGUCCAUCCGCUCAUUCCUGGAGAAGAAGGUGCUGCAGAGUCUUCCAGGCAGCCUUUACAUCUCCGGAGCGCCGGGGACGGGAAAGACGGCGUGCCUCAACUGUGUGCUGCAGGAGAUGAAGGCCGAGCUGGCUCCGGUACAGACGGUGGUGGUGAACUGUAUGAGUCUCCGCAGCUCUCACGCUAUCUUCCCGCUGCUGGCCGACAAACUGCGAGCAUCCGGCGGACAGAGCGGCCUCCAGAAGCUCCUGACGGCCCCGGGGCCCGCUGUGCUGCUGGUUCUGGAUGAGAUGGACCAGCUGGACAGCAAAGCUCAGGAUGUCCUCUACACCAUCUUCGAGUGGCCGUACCUGCCCGAGUCUCGCCUCUGUCUCAUCGGUAUCGCCAACGCUCUGGAUCUGACGGACCGGAUCCUCCCUCGCCUGCAGACUCGGCCUCACUGUCGCCCCCAGCUGUUACACUUCCCUCCCUACAGCCGGCAGGAGCUCGCCGACAUCGUCCAGGAUCGACUCUCUCAGGCGUCGGCUGAAGGAAUCCUCGACGCCUCGGCGGUUCAGUUCUGCGCCAGGAAAGUGUCGGCGGUGUCGGGAGACGCCAGGAAAGCUCUGGACAUCUGCAGGCGAGCUGUAGAGAUCGUGGAGUCUGACGAGAGAAAGAAAGCAUCUGAUCCUAAAGCUGAAACUAAAGCGUCUCGGGUGAGUCUUCCUCAGGUGGCCCGGGUCCUGUCGGAGGUCUACGGAGACCGCAUGGCGUCUCAGAGCUCAGACGGAGAGAGUUUCCCUCUGCAGCAGAAGCUGCUGGUCUGCUGCCUGCUGCUCCUCCUCCGCAGCGGCAAGAGCAAAGAGAUCGUCCUCGGGAAGCUUCAUGAGGUUUACAGCCGGCUGUGCGCUCAGCGGCAGGUCGGCGGCGUCGGUCAGGGCGAGUGUUUGUCGCUCUGCGGUCUGCUGGAGAGUCGAGGAAUCUUUGCUCUGAAGAAAGCCAAAGAAGCUCGACUCACCAAGGUGUUUCUGAAGAUCGAUGAGAAAGACGUUGAGAACGCUCUGAAGGACCGAACGCUGCUGGGAAGCAUCCUCGCUGCAGGACUCCCCUGAUGUCUGAUUAUUUAUUCAUAUUUUAUCUUUUCGGUUAUUUUUGAAGUUGAACAUAUAAACUGAGAGUUUAGUAAAGUAUUUUUUUUUAAUUCUCAUUUUUGCUGAGAACCUGUACAGAAUAGUUUUAAUUUACUUUUUUCUUUUUUUUUUUAAACCUUUCGACAGUUUUGAGUCGAACAUGUUGAACAAACAUCAGAUUUGAA